CCUAUUCAAACGCUCUCUUCUUCAAUUUCAUUCCAAUUCUCACCAUAACACACAAACACAAAAUUACAUAAUUUGUUUUGUAUUAGGUCAACAAUCAUAGCUACAACAACUCACUAAAACAACCACUUUUGUUUCUUUCUUCAUGUUUCUUUCUUGACCUUCUAUCCUAAGUUUGUGCAUUGAUAUUGUCAAAGUUAGAUAGAUUCAUUGAUAAAGUUUUGUACUUUUGAUUACCCUUUAUCCUUAACUCAAAUGGGUUUUCAACAAAAUAGCCUAAUGUUGUUUAUGUAGCAAGCAAUCAAUCACUCAAAAAAUUUAAGGUUAGGUUAUUCUUUGAAUAAACCUUGUAAAUAUGUUUGUGCUUGAUUAUUGGAUAUAUUGAUGAUUUUCUUUGUACAUUUUCUUUGAAACCAUUGAAAAAUUGAAUCAUUCAUGGUUGUGAAUUGUGAUUAUAUCAAAUAGAGAGAAGGGUUGAAUUAGUGUUCUUGAGUUGUGGUGAGUACUAACUAUGACAAUGGUUGAGAGACAUUUGGAUUCUUUCAAACUUGUUUCUAAAAAAUCAUUGUUUUUCUUCUUCUCAAUGACAUCAAUCAUGUUCCUCAUGUCAUGGUUCUUCGUCUUGCGAACCUCGAGUCGUCCGUAUUUCAUUGAUCAUAACUUGUUGCCAAGCUCAAAGCUUUUCUCUACCCUUGAAGAUUCCAUGUUUCAUACAAAAGUCCCGAAUGUGAAUGUCGAGUCCUCGUUCGGGAACCGAGCAAUACUCGUCGAUAACGAAGAUGUUGAAGACGAAAGUGAAGCUAGCAAGUCCAAUGAGAAUACAAAAUGUAGUAAUAGAAAUGAUGCUUUUCUUCUAAAAGUUUUCAUGUAUGAUUUACCGUCCGAAUUUCAUUUUGGACUCUUGGAUUGGAAACAAGAUGGUAAAAGUGUUUGGCCUAAUGUUAGAACAACGAUACCCGGUUACCCCGGAGGUUUGAAUUUGCAACAUAGUAUAGAAUUUUGGCUCACAUUAGACAUUCUUGCUUCUGAAAUUCCGAAUGCUCCAAAGGCGAAGACAGUGAUUCGGGUUCAAAACUCUAGCGAAGCCGACAUAAUAUUCGUGCCCUUCUUUUCGUCGUUGAGCUAUAACCGAAACUCGAAACCUAGUCCACAUGAGAAGAAAACUAGGAACAUAAUACUUCAAGAGAAGUUAGUGAAGUAUUUGACAUCUCAAGAGGAAUGGAAGAGAUCAAAGGGAAAAGAUCAUUUGAUUAUAGCACAUCAUCCUAAUAGUAUGUUGGAUGCAAGAAUGAAAUUGUGGCCAGCUACAUUCAUACUUUCAGAUUUUGGAAGAUAUCCUUCAAGUAUAGCUAAUGUUGAAAAAGAUGUGAUUGCACCUUAUAAGCACUUAAUCACUUCUUAUGCCAAUGAUGAUUCCACCUUCGAUGGCCGCACGACAUUGUUGUAUUUCCAAGGAGCAAUUUAUCGAAAAGAUGGAGGUUAUGUAAGGCAAGAGCUAUAUUACUCAUUGAAAAAUGAACCAGAUGUACAUUUUUCAUUCGGAAGCAUACAAAAAGACGGGAUCAAGAAAGCGACGGAAGGCAUGCGAUUGUCGAAAUUCUGCCUCAACAUAGCAGGCGACACGCCUUCGUCGAACCGUUUGUUCGACGCAAUUGCUAGUCAUUGUGUGCCUGUGAUCAUAAGCGACGAAAUCGAGUUACCGUUCGAGGAUGUCCUCGACUACUCCGAGUUCUGCGUGUUCGUUCGAACUAGCGACGCUGUCAAGGAGAAUUAUCUCAUAAAUUUCAUCAGGAGUAUAAGUAAAGAUGAGUGGACAAAAAUGUGGAACAAGUUGAAAGAAGUUGAACAUAUUUUUGAGUAUAAUUUUCCAUCUAAAGAAGGUGAUGCUGUACAAAUGAUUUGGCAAGCUGUUUCUCAUAAAGUUCCUGCUAUAAAGUUGAAGUUAAAUAGGUUUAGGAGGUACUCUAAGUCCCCUCCAAGUAUAGAGAAAGAUUUGAAACCAAUACAUGUACCUAAAAACUUUUGGUGAUAAAGAUAAUUUAAGCAGUAUUUGGUGCAAACAAAUAAUUGAUGUAUCUGAUCUAUAUAGUAAUUUUUUUGCUUAUCAUAGUGAUCAGAGAGUGUACGUUAAUAUCGAGUUAUGUACUUGAGAGAGAUUUUUAGAUAUGAAAAAACAAAGGUUUUAUUAUGUAACAAAGGAGGUUGGUAUUAUAGAGGAAAAACAUUAAAGUUGCUUCAUGUUAUAAAGUAUUCUGACAUGAAAUUUAUGUUGAUGUUGCAGUGUGUUUGGCAGAUGUAGGAUUCAUGGUAGAUAUAGGAUUUAAGGCAAUUAUG